AUGUUCGGCGAGAUGCGUCAGGCCCUUGGCAUUACCAAGUCCGUUGACAUACUCGACCACAUCUACGCCCUUCCUACAAAGGAGGCCCAGGAAACGGCCAUGGAGUCCGUCCGCCAGAUCGAGCGUACCGCCAUGGCUUCCCAGGUCGCCCAGCCGGGCCUCGCUGACCUCAUGUCCUACCUCGACCGCCGCGGCGUCCGUAAGGGCAUCUGCACCCGCAACUUCGACGCUCCCGUCGCCCACCUGCUCGGCAAGUUUCUCGAGGGCUCACUCUUCGAGCCCGUCAUUACCCGUGACUUCCGCCCACCCAAGCCCGAUCCCGCCGGCAUUCUGCACAUCGCUCGGAGCUGGGGUUUGGUCAAGCCGGUAGAGGCAGUGCAGGAGCCUGCAAGCGACGCCGCAGCAGGAGCCGAAGGAGUUCGGGGUGAUGCCAGCGAGUUGAUCAUGGUUGGGGACUCGAUCGAUGACAUGACCGCGGGUCGAAAGGCUGGCGCAGCGACGGUAUUGCUCGCCAAUGACGUAAAUGUGUACUUGACUGACCACGAGCACACUGAUUUGGUGAUUCAUCGGCUAGACGAGUUGAUUCCCAUCCUCGAGGAGGGAUUUAGCGGUAGGGAAUCGAAGUCUUGA